UACAUUUUGUACCCUCUGACGAAAUUUUAAAUAAGUGUCGGAUCAAUUUAAUAACUUUGGGACCAAUGUGAACUAAUUUUGCCUCCUAAACUUUCAGGGUGUCAGUAAUUAUCUACGUUUUCAAAAAUCAACAAAAUUUUUAACAUCUAUAUUCAACUUUAUCUAUUUUAGUUUCAUUUACUAAGCAAAAAGUAUGAAGAAAACUUCCAUUUUGUCCGUAGUUAAACCAACCAAAGCUUGUUUUAAUCUACCUAAUAUUGUCUCAUCUAUUGGUUUGCUUUCGUUGAUGUAUUCUGCUUAUUGCGUAGCGGUUGUUAUUCAGUUCUUGAUCAAGUCAAAGCCAGAGCAGGUUCAAGUGAUGUUUUUUACACUAACCGCGAUGAAUAUAUCGACACGUAUACUACAUAUAUAUGUUCUGCUUAUAUACAUCAAACUUGGUGUAUAUGUGUUUAGUUUUUUAUCAAGUACGAGCCUGUUUGUCAGCGUGUAUCGUAAUCAUGUAACACAAAAGACGUUUUCAAUGUUGUGGAUACUUUCUGCUUUGAUGGCAGCAUUAUACACUAUGGUUGAGAGCAUAGUUACGGUGGUUCACUUACAGAAUCGCUUUCAAAAGUUUCUAAUCUCCUUCUCGUUGCUUUUAACAGUUUUUAUCCAAUCGUGGUGUAUUUUUAUCACGUGCAUCUUUACAAGAAGCCAUAUGAAGAAGAGCCGCAACACAAAGCCCAUUGUUUUGGUUAAUUGGCGUAAAACGGUCGGGCCAAUUCCACUGGAAAGGGACGGAUUGGUGCAUUUAUGAUUUGCGGUGACUGAAAUAAUCUGAGGCGAUAUUUAAAGCAGUUGAUUGGCUAAUAAAAAAACUAUCUCAAGCUAUUCAUUGGUUCACGCUCGAAACAAAACGAAAACUUGGCAGUGCUUGUGAACAAAAUGUAUUUGGUUGAUCGAGAAUUUAAACGCGGGAUAAGUUGUGAGAAAUAUUGGAUAUGUGCAAUAAAAAUUUCCACAAUGCACUAAAGAUUCCCAUAAUGCACUUAAGAUCCCCACAAUGCACUAAUGGGAUGGAGAAUUAAGCCUAUAAGGACAUAAUAAAGAUUAAUGUAGAAAAACGAAAAUCUGUGUAU